GCUGCGGAGCGCCAAGCACGGGUUCGGGCAGCUGGGAGCGGCUGCAGCAUUGGCAGCGACCCGGUUUCUUUCGUCGCUCUCCUGCGCGCCAGCAGCCCGGCUGGCUGUCACCGCCGAGGUCAGGCGAGAUGGGGCCCCUCAAGGAAAGCUGCAAGAAGGAUCACAAAAUGCAGGACAAGGAGUUUUGCCGCAGCCGGAUUCCUCGCCUGGUACUUCGGCCUCAUCUCUCCCAGCAACAUUUCCAAUACCAGAAGGUGUCUCCAGCAUCUGAAUCCCCCUUUUCUGAAGAGGAAAGCAAAGAAUUCAACCCUUUAAGCUCAUCUGGAGGGUCUGCCAGGACAAUCAGCAGCAACAGUUUUUGCUCAGGUAUUAAAGAAAGAAUGUACAUCAGUUAGGAUAAAAUGGC